AUUUCCCCAAUCGAGCCCGUUUGUGUACAGUACCAGUCCUCAUCCUGGUACCACCACCCUACUCCAUGGCUGAUCCCUGGGAUGACGUGGGCGUCCAUUAUGGAGGGUCCACUGAAUUCCUAGUAUCAGCAGAGCUCUUCGUGUCUUCAGCGGCGGGCUCCGCGUUACGCAAGCCACCUAAUUCAAAGAAAAGGACCGAUAGGCGAGAGAAUGGUUCCACCGACGAGAGGAGAAUCAAAGAGAAGACAAGCUGGCUUUCUCUGACCAAGGGUCCAGCUGUAGCGGGUCACUGGAGGCCGGCGACGUGUAGACUAUCUGAAGAGGGAGAGAGAUGCUUGCUCAAUAUUUACGUCGAUGAAUCCAUUCUAUACCAAACGCUAUCUAUUCAUCUGCUGAAUCACACCGAUAUCCGUCAUGCUCACCCUUCCCUCUUUCAACGCAAGAACUGUCUCUCAAUGAACUGUCUCGCAAUAUACUGCAUCGCCGGGAAACGGUGGUCCUCUACGAGUACAUCCGACGAACCUGUAUACUUGCAAUUUGCCUCUGCCGACCUCUGCAAUACUUGGCUGGCCCUCUUGCGGUCUUACGCACUUCCUGAAAUCUAUGGAAGGUGUUUUUUCCCGGAUGAAGGAGGCUCAUACAGGAUGUGGCGGCAGGUGGAGCUCGCCGUGCUUCAAGGAAGAAACCUCGGCAAUAGCAAACCAUUCGAUGUUGAUGAAGACUCGUCCUCACCUUCCGACCCGGAUCCAGUCGAUAUGGACGUUUAUUGCGAAGUCAAAUUGAACGACGUGUCCUGUGGUCGCACGACAAUCAAGAAUGGCGUUGAAUCUCCCGACUGGCAUGAAAACUUCACAUUUUCGGAUCUUCCGCCAUUCGAAAACCUAGAUAUUAUUGUUUGGCGGGAGAAGAAGCUCUUCAAGUCAAGUAUGUUGGGCACGAUUCGGAUAGCACUCAGUAAUUUCCCCCGAGGCGAGGCGGUCGACGCCUGGUUUCCUGUGUUACAUGCAGGACCGGUGACAGGUGAUCUGCAAGUCGGCGAACUUCGUUUGAAGUUGAGGGUGGACGAAGAACUCAUACUGCCAUUGGCCACUUAUGAAAGAUUACUUCGAAAACUUCGUUCCAGAAAUUUCUUGGAUUGGCUUACAGAUUUCGAGAGUAAACUGAAAUUGAAAACAGUUGCCUCGCAACUGAUGUCUAUGGCAGUGGCGGAAAAUAAACUCAUCGAACAAGUACAGACGCUCGCAGACAGGGAAGUUGAUGGAUCCGUAUCAUCCCACCAAACUCUAUUUCGUGGCAACAACCCUUUGACCCGAAUUGCCGAACAGACUAUGGCUUGGUAUGGCAUGGAGUUCUUAGAAACCUCUAUCGGGAGUGUGUUGCGCCGACUUAUUUCUGAGAAAGUCAGCAUAGAAGUUGAUCCUAUGCGGAGUGGAAAAAGCCAGAAAGAUAUCGAGCGCAACGUCGAGUUACUCAUCAGCUGGUGUCGAAAAAUCUGGACACAAAUCUUUACUUCUCGGCAAGCAUGCCCCCCAGAGAUGAGACGGUUAUUCCGCACCAUCCGUGAAUUGGUUGAGAAGCGUUUCCCUUUGCAAGAUAAUCGCGAAUUACAUUGGAAAUGCGUAUCUGCAUUUGUCUUUCUCAGAUUUAUCGUACCUGCUAUACUGCACCCGCAUCUGUUCGGUUUAUGUCCAGGUCUUCCUAGCGAAAGAGUUCAGCGCAGUUUGACAUUGAUCGCCAAAGUCAUACAAAGCCUCGCAAAUCUGAAUGCAUCCGUCCAGAAAGAGGAGUUCAUGGUUGGCGUGAAGGACUUCUUGAAGGAAAGUAUACCUGCCAUGAUAGACUAUCUCCUAAUUGUGUCUACGCCGGGUCCAGAAGACACACGCAAUGGAACGAGUCGCAGUUCGGACCAUGAUCAUACGAAGGUUGUCAAUUCCUUACAGAAGCGAAUGUCGACCAUGCCAGUUCUGUAUAGAGAGGCGAUACCAGUCCUGCCUCAUCUUCUGGAUCCAGCAAGGCACCUCGCCGUUAUCACCUCAGCCGUCAUCCGGACGUCUCGAACUUACCUGUCGGAUACCAAUGCUCAAGAAUCUCGAGACAGCCCGCUAGAAGAGCUUUACUCGAGGUGCGUCGAAGUGGAAGAAAAAGCCCUCUAUCGUGUCAGCCAGUUAGCUGCCCAGCUUUCUGCCAACCAAAGGAAGGUCCCGAAGGGGAACGAAACCGAAACGACAUUUGCUUUUUCACCCUCGUCUCCUACCACUCCCACCAGUCCUCACUCAACGAAGUCCGAGCGUCCCUCGACAGCGCCGUCUGUUUCUGAUGCAGAUAACUCGCGGCGACGCAUGUUUGACACCAGUAACCCCGGACCCUUCGUCAAGACUUUAGAAGCAAAGUCGCCCCUACCCCCCCGUAAUAAACUGCUGCAUAUCAAAUCAACCUCCACCGAUUCCAUAUCUCCAAUUUCGCGCUCACCUGCUUCCAAUAUUGCGGGGGGAAUCCGACAAGAAAUGCCCAUCGAUGUUUUGGAUGACCCAGUUAAGAGGAAAAAGAAAUUUGGCAUAUGGCGACGGUAGUUUGAGUUGGGCAACUGUUAUUUUCUUAUGUAUUGUGUUAUCUUAUAUGGUGUAGUCCCACUCGCGUGUAUUUCGUGCUAAGUAUUUAUCACAUACCAUAAUAAUCUGGUGUUUCCCCAAG